AUGUCCAACUCACGUACAACUCCGAUGGCUACACCACCAUCUUCUCUUCAACGUUCCUCACAGGAGGUCCAUCAUCUUCAAGGCCGAUUUUUUGAAUUUGUUCCGAAAGAGAUUUUUAAAGAUUUAAUAUUAGAAUUUAUUCCAUUCAUUUACCGAGUGCCAUUGAUUCAAGUUUGUAAAGAUUUCUAUAUUUCCAUUAAACACAAGCAAGCAGAGUCUAUUUGGAAAAGGAUACGAGAUGGUAAUGAAUUGGAAAUGAAUGAUAUUUUUGAUUUAGAGGAUUGUGAUUUUAAAUUAUACAAAUUUGAUCGAUUAAUGUUUGUGCAAUCGGAGCGAAAAGAUAACGUUUUGAAUCGAUAUUCGUGGUUUUUGAAAAUUAUUUACUUGUUAGAUGUGAAUGCUGAACCUUUCAUGGGUGAGGAUGAAGAGUCCAUGCAGUCACUAUCUCCCUGGCGCAAAUUGGGUGCAUGUGAAAAAAUUACACGAUUGCACAUUAGUGUACCGUUUUUUAGGAUGAAUGUUUCGGAUACACUUCUCUAUCGAGUUAGAGCUGAUUUAGAACAAUUACUGUACAACAUUUCUAGGAGAGUUGAAUUUUCUCUUAAUUUUGAAUUAAUUUUCUGUACUUGGAUUACAAAAAAGAAUUUAUUCAGCUCUACAAGUUCCAUCUCUGAUGACAUGAAUGGAAUGUCAGCCAACAUUCGUGUGACUAACAUGAUGCGUAUCACAUCGAAUCAUGUCUAUGAUUAUCAAUUUAAGGAAAAUCCUUCUAGGUUUACUUUACUAAGCAAUAAUUCGUAUGUUGAGUUACCAACUCGAAAAGAUGUCGAGGACUUGGACGCAAUCACUCGAUACACUACAACCAUAUCCAUCAGCCUCAAAAUGAAGCCCAGUAUGGUUCCCAUUAAUCACUUCUUGACUCAUCUCAUGCUUUCAAAAAAGGGUGAUAUUGAAUGGCAUUGGGUGAAGCGACUCUGUGAAAAUUAUCUCAUUCUCGUGAAUGGACCCAUAGAUGUGAAUAACAAUACAAUCGUUUCCAUGAUGUUAGAAAAGAUUCAAGAGAAGGCCAAUUCUACUUUUAUGAAGGCAAAAACAGGUCAUAGUUUUGUACACAAUUAUUUAGAGUUCUACAAUGAUACACAAACCAUUCGAGAGCAUUUGGAGAAGCUAUUCAACCUUGUUAAAAAUUCGAAACGUAGAACGGAGGAGAUUUACCUUAUUUUGAAUCAACCUCAUUGGUCUCUUGGCAAUUCUGUGAGCGGAAAUAGUAACCAUUAUAACACCACCCAUUACACCACUACCAGUAGUAUGAUUUCACAGCUUGAUUCCAUCACCAACACCAAAUUCAAAUUCUUUAAUUUACAUCUGAAAGCCAUGUAUUCAAAGCUUGUGUAA